UGCUCGUCAUGCACCACCUGGAACUGCUGUUGUGCCUUUUGGCACAGAAGCUGGCCUUCGCAUCAGUGCUGAAGAGGGUUGUUGAUAUGAAUGAACCGCUGGACUCCCACCCACUGGAGGUCCGAAGCUCGUACAACCGUCCUGUGCUGGGCUGCAGCAGCGAGGUUCAGUACCUGGACCUGGGCUCGCACAUCAUCCACUCGCCCAACUUCGACCGGCACAACCCGCAAAACUACACCAACGACUACAACUGCUCCUACAUCUUACACAACAAGGCCUCCUCGGGACUGCUGCGCUUCGACUGCUUCGACUUUCAGCUGGAGGAUAGUGACGGCUGCUCCAAGGAUCGCCUCAAGGUCAACUACGGCAACUAUCGACGUCAGUACUGCGGCGAGGACACGCCACCCACGGUGUACUACAAGAGCCUCGGCGUCAACUUUGUCACCGACUCCAGCGGCACCGGCACGGGCUUCCUCUGCAGCGUCAUGGCCAAGAGAUCGACCUCCGGCACCGGCGGCCUGCCCUGCGGUGAACACAGGCUCGCAGCGGGUACUUACUUACUCCAAAGCGGAAACUACCCUGGCAACUACGGCACCAACUCGGUCUGCGGCUGGUUUCUGAUGCCGAAAUUUACCAGAGACAGCAUGAAGUUCAGUUGCAGCAGUUUCGACAUGAUCUCCUGGGACGGCUCCUGCAAGUGGGACAACAUGCUCGUCAACGGCCACACGUUCUGCAACACCAAUCCGCCGCCGCGGGAAGACAAUCCACUGGUGAUGGAUUGGGGGGCGUAUGUGCGAUACGAAACCCCAGAUCUCCCUGACAAGGUGCGCAAAGGAUUCAACUGCACUGUGGUGGUUUCGGCCAAUUAAUGAGCAUUGUUGACUAAACGGACACAACUAAAAAUUGGCGAGUGGGACACAGUGCACAAGGUUUACGCAUGGAUCAGCAUUGAAGUAAAUCUAUUUAGAAAACUACAUUUGACGGAGUUUUGCAAUUUGGUGAUGGAUUUAGAAACAUCAGGUCGGCGCCAAAUGCUUCUGUGUGAAUACGAUGGGUGACAACAAAAAUACAACACAGACGUAAAAUCAGCGUUGCUGAAAAUCCAGUUGUUGUCACAACAUCCGGCAUGGAUUUCAGGUCGUGUAUACUAAUUUUCA